AUGGACAAUAACUAUGAGGAACACCAUGUGAAUGGACAGCAGACCCAUACCAACAAUGCCCAGUGUUGGUGUCAUACCAUUACCAGUUGGUAUCAAGUUAUCAAUAAUUAUGAAAUUAGUACGACUAGAAAUAACGGCACCCGUAUUUCGGCAUUACGUGAUAUAAUGAUAUUACGCGAUCAACUCAAUCAAUACAAUCAUCCAAAUAUAGCUGAAUUUAUCUCAUAUCACGAGGAGUGUAAUCCCGACCGUCUAUACCUACACAUGCCAUCAUCGGUCUAUACGUUGCGUCAAUUCAUACAUUUAAAAGAUCAGGUAUUCAAUCGACAGACUAGAGAUAACAUAUGUUCUGUCGAUUACUUCUUAUCGUUCAAAUUAUAUGAAGAACUACUACAAGGACUGAGUUUUUUGCACAACAAAAACCUUAUUAUAAGAAAUAUAAGACCAGAAAAUAUAUUGGUUGGUAUCAACAAUGGCGACCGUUUUUUGAAGAUUACCAGUUUUGGACAGUCGGUUAUGACUGCCGAAGCUUUGAGACCAAUUGAUGAUUGGUCCGAUAUUGAUGUCAUUUAUGUAGCACCGGAGGUAUUGACCGGACGUCAGUUUGACCAGAGGGCAGAUAUUUAUAGUUUGGCAACUAUUAGUCAAAUAGAUUUCUUUAAUAUUGAUUUUUAUGAACAACAAAUAUCGUUUACCAGUCCACUAAUUGAUCGCAAUAUAAUCGAUGAACUGUUCAAUAGUUUGAUGCUUUGUCUAACAUUUCCCGAUUGGGAUUUGCGGCCAUCGGCUGAUCAAAUGAUUGCAUAUCUCAAUGAAUUUGAAUUAAACAAUCAACAGUUUUUACUUUAA